AUGGCCGCUUUCGCUUUGCCUUUCGUCGCGGCUCCCGGCCUGAGCGCCAGGCCCGUCAGGAGCGCUGCGACGGCGAGCGGCGCCCCUCGGCUCUCCGUUCCGGCGACAAAGCGCCGCGGGUCUCGGGACGGCUUCGUGACAGCUGCGCCGCUGCUGAUAGCCGGCGCUGCGGCGGCGAGAUGCACGCGUCGGGCCACCGCCCGGGAGCCGCAGGUCUUGCCUUUCGUCGAGCCCUCCAGUGGCAGAGAGGUGGUCCUUAUCGCCUCGGUGCACUUCAAUCCGCGUUCGGUGCAGAAGGCGACUGAAGUGACCAGGAAGCUUGCCGAGAACGAAGAGCUGGGUGCCGUCAUGCUGGAGACCUGCAAGACUCGGUGGAGAAGAGUAGAGGAGAUCCGUUGUGAUCUGACAGAGCUGUUGGGCCCCGAAACGCCACAACAGCCAGAGAAGGAGACUCAAAAGCCCGGAAGUCCUCUCCGGUCUAUCCUGGACAACGAGAUGCAGGCACCCCUCGCUACAGUAGACUUCCAGCAGUUUGUCAGACUUACGGACACAGCGCUCAGCAGACGGUGCGACAUCUGCAAACUUCUCUCCAUGGAAGUCCCCUUGCGGCGCCAAUUUGGACUGCCACGUGCUCUGCGCCUCUUCAGCGUGCUUCUCGUGCUUGGCCUCACGCUGCGGCAAGACGAAGACAUUGAGUCGUUGACGGCAGACCAGACUUCAAGCUGCAAUUUUGAACGCACUGGAACGUCGGAAGAGCCGGAAACUGCAUGGAGAUUGAUCGAAGCAAAUUGCAAACAUCCUCCGAAGAUGGCCAGCGACAAGGAGGAGGAGGCGAUCAGAAGCGAGUGUGGCAGCUGUGCAGCACCAGACUUGGCGUGCAUGGCGAACUGUACAUUCAACGUUCGAGUGCAGCACUACAAGUCUGGUUUGGAAGAGAUCGCAAGUAUGGAGAAUUUAACUUCGCUUGAAGAAUGCCUUGUCCAAAUCGAGCUCCCCAUACAGACCAAGACCGGGGAAACAAAGGAGGUCAGAGAGUUCCGCACCUUUGUGUCGAAAACAUGCCUAAAAGAGGAAGUCCAUGCAGUUUUCGAGGAAGAGAUCGAGAAAGAAAUUUGCGAUGGGGUGCCCGGGAAGGACGAUGUGGACUUCGACUGCUUGGUAAUGAUCACACCAAAUCCUGACGAGAGCUGUCCCGCCCCCAACGCCGCCGCAGAAAUUGCGGAGGAGCGCAGCAUCGACGUGGUCUUGGGAGAUCAGCGAAUCGAGGAUUUGACCAGGGAUAUCACCACGGCCGGCAGGGCCGCGAUCGAUGACAUGCUCUCACCUCUGGAGGGAUGGCAGAGAACAGGCGCGGCCUUGGUGACUGGUAUGGCCAACCUCGCAAAUCUCAGGAAGAGGAAGGCCGAAGCCAGCGCAGGCUCCGAGGAGGGCCUCGGGCUGGCGGACUUUGCGGACCCAGAGCUGAUCUUUGGGUUUGUGGUCGCCGUGCCUCGCUAUGUGCUCUCGACGGCGCUAAAGGCACCGACUCUGUUGGCGGGCGUGCUUGCUUUCUACCUCGCUUGCGCGGUAUUGCCAAGCGGUAUUCUUGGUGAUCUGAUCAUGAUAGCGGCCGAGGCGGUGCUCUUCCGCGUCAUCUUGCAGGUCUUGCUGCGGGAUCGGGACUUGAUCCUGGCCGAGAACAUCAAAAGAGUUUGCCAGAAGAAGGAUAGCGGUUCAGUCGUGGCCGUGCUCGGUGCCGCUCACUGCAACGGUGUGCGGAGGCUGCUGCUUGAGGGCCUGCCGGAGAAGCAGCUGAGCGACGAUGUGAAAGAUGCUGAAGUCCCUGAAGCCGAGCCUGUAAACGUCUCCUGA